AUGAACUAUCUGUAUCCAGUGAAAGAGGAGUAUUUGGAAUUCGAAGCAACCUCGUCAACAUCAAUGGUUGGUGUUCCACGACCAAUGGAGGGUCUCCACGAAGUUGGACCGCCACCAUUUCUAACAAAAACUUUCGAUGUUGUCGAGGAUCCCACAACCAGUCACAUAGUUUCAUGGAACAGAGACGGUGUUAGCUUCGUUGUUUGGGAUCCAAAUGCUUUCUCCAGAGACCUUCUUCCUAGAUACUUCAAACACAACAAUUUCUCAAGUUUUGUUAGACAAUUAAACACUUAUGGUUUUAGAAAAAUCGAUCCUGAUAAAUGGGAGUUUGCGAACGAAGGAUUUCUGAGAGGGCAUAAGCAUCUUUUAGCGAACAUUAAGAGAAGGAGACAAACUUCACAACCUAGUACUUCAUCUUCAUCUUCUUCUUCUCAACAACCAUUUGGUCAGUGUGUUGAAGUUGGUCGUUAUGGAUUAGACGAAGAAAUCGAUCAUUUGAAGCGCGAUAAACAAGUGUUAAUGAUGGAGCUUGUGAAGCUGAGACAGCAGCAACAGAACACGAGAUCUUGUCUUCAAGCUAUGGAGGAGAGGCUAAGAGGGACAGAGAUUAAGCAGCAACAGAUGAUGGCUUUUUUGGCUAGAGCUAUGAGAAAUCCUGCUUUUAUUCAGCAGUUGCUUCAGCAUAAGGAAAGGAGAAAGGUGAUUGAAGAUGUUACUAAGAAGAGGAGAAGGCCUAUUGAGUAUGGUGAAUCGAGCAAUAGGGUUGAGUUUGGGUUUGAAGUGUCGGAGUUGGAGGUUCUGGCUAUGGAAAUGCAAGGGCUUGGUAGAGGUGGUGGAGAACAAGAGGAAGAAGACGAGAUUGAGGUAUUUGAGAACAAUGAGAAUUUGAAUAAAGAACUUGAUGAAGAUUUUUGGGAAGAACUUUUUAGUGAGAAAUUUGAGAGUGAGUUAGAUAUUUUAUAUGCUCAAAGAGAUGAUGAAGAUUGUGUCAAUUUGUUGGCUAAUCGCUUUGGUAACUUGGGUUCAAGUCCUAAAUGA